GCCGCUCUCUCAACAAUAUAGGGAUUUUUAAGCAAAAGCACAGAGUUCGUCGCUCGGACAGGCAUGUUUUUGCCUUUACUAAGUACCGGAAUGACAGCCGUAUCAUUUUAGCUGCUCAGUUUUGUUUUAGCGCCGGGUCGGACAUGUCCAUUUUGUGUUAAGGACUCAGUGUUUUUCUUGUUCGUCUCCCGGGCCUGGCCGUAGCUGCCUACUAUGUAGCGGCGGGUUGCUACUUUCGGAUGAGCGGGCAGUAGGUCUCGACAAGUUGUAGGAUGGAUCCAGACGGUGGGGCAGAAACACAAAAAGCUGUCAGUUUGCAGUGGAAGAGCUACAAACUUGUCCAGGACCCAGCAAUCCGGCGGGUCACACAGAAAAUCUACAGAUACGAUGGAGUGCAUUUCAGUGUGCCAGACUCUGGAUUUCCUCCCGUGGGUGAACUGCGGGACCCAAGACCUCGAAGACUAUGGUCGAGGUACACGGAAAUGUCCUUGCCAGUGCCAAAGUUUAAGCUGGAUGAGUUCUAUGUGGGCCCCAUACCUCUUAAGGAGGUGACCUUUGCUAGACUCAAUGACAACAUCAAGGAGCCCUUCUUGGCAGAAAUGUGCGCCAAGUUUGGGGAGGUGGAGGAGAUGGAAAUCCUGUUUCACCCCAAGACCAGGAAGCACUUGGGCCUGGCCCGGGUGUUGUUCACCAGCACCAGAGGAGCCAAGGACACUGUCAAGCAUCUGCACAACACCUCAGUCAUGGGGAACAUCAUCCAUGCUCAGCUCGAUAUUAAAGGCCAGCAGAGGCAGAAGUAUUAUGACCUAAUAGUCAAUGGGUCCUACACUCCUCAGACGGUGCCUCUGGGCGGCAAAGCUUUGACAGACAGAGUCCAACCCCAGGCCCCAACACAGCCUGACACGUCUUCAGAGAUCAGGCGGAGGCUCUCCAGUGAGCUGGCAGUUUUGGCGGCGGGAGUCCAAGCCCUGACUUCUGGAAACAUCACCCCUGUGGACGCUGGCUUCAGUGACCAGCGUCUGGACACGACCCCGUCCUCACUGGGAGGCCCCUACACCCCGGGCUCCACUGGUUCGUCUCAGGGGGGCGGGGGGACACCGUACAGCUCCAGAUCAGGGACUCCUUUCUCACAGGACUCGGGCUACAGCAGCAGACAUACUGGCUACAACACUGGUACUAUGGGCAGUGGUUACCCCCCCCAGGACAUGCUCCCCUCCUCCUCCUCCUCUUCUGCAGUCUCAUCUACUGUUGGGGGGUACAAAGUGUCUCGCUACUCUGAGGAUGCACAGGAACCGUCAGUGUACCACCGAGGGCGCCCCAUGUACCCCCCAACAACAUACCGUCCCAACGAGCCGCCAUGUUACCCUCCGUACCCCAACGCUGGGGGGCCGGGGCCGCACAUGGCACACCACUCCUCAAUGCCUCCCCCUCCCGUCGCCUCCCAAUACGACCAGCCCCUGCUGUCCGACAGGGAGCGGGACAGAGACUCCGGGGGGCGUUACGGACCUGGGGGGAUCGGCUCUAGGAGGUCAUCAUAUCAUCACCAGCAGGACACAAACUCUUCCUCCAAGUACCAUUCCCAUCACUCCCACCACCACUCGGAACGCAGGGAUGACAGGGGCUACCGGCGAGACAGCCUGGGCUCCCGCUCCAGCGAUCACGGCCACCAGAGACACCGCAACCACCACCACUCGCACAACCACCACGGUGGCAGCAGCAGCCGCAGGCGGAGCAGCCACGACCGGGACCGAGACCGGGACCGCGACAGAGACCGGGAACGGGACCGAGACAGUGACUACUCCAACAGCUCUGACCCCAGAUACAACACCAACUCUUACCGCUCUUCCUCGAACAGCAUGUCCCCUCCCCCGUCGUCUUACUCCACCUACUCCUCCUCCAAAGAGCCCACACCAGCUCCUGCUCCGCCCCAAGGAGUGGAUGCGUCCAGUCGUUUAGCGAGCGCUAGCAACCCAGAAAGGGUCCCCGCGCCCCCUGUAAGCUCUGAAAAAGACUACCACCCGGUCCCGCACAAUACUCUGCCUCCACCUCCUCCGCCACCGCCUCCUCUUCCACCUGCCUCCGUUAUCGCGGCAGCUGUAGCGGAGACACUUGGAACACAUGACUUUAGCCAGGACAGUCCAGCCCAUGAGGAGCAAUGGACAAAACCCAAACGCCGUCCCAGUACCCCACCUGCCCCUCCAAAAACCCCUCCACCUUCUUCCCCACCCCAACCUUCCAUCACAUCUUCCUCUACAUCCCCUACCUCCACCUCCCUCCCUCACCUUCUCCCCUCCUCCUCCAGUUCUCCGCCACCCCCUCAGCGCGACUCCUCCUCCCCAGAGCCAGAUUCAACCAAUGAGAGCUUACCGUUCGUCUACCACAGCAGCAGCCUGGACUCUCGAAUCGAGAUGCUCCUGAAGGAACAGAAGGCAAAGUUUUCUUUCCUCGCCUCCGAUGAGGAAGACGAGGAAGACAGGAAGGAGGAGAGGCAAAGGGGCGCACGCGGGGAUGGAGGAGAGCGAAGAGGUGUUUCCGGUGAUGCAGCAGGGGAGCACACGGUGACGAAUCAGGUGGGAGACGGAGGGGACAAGGACCAGAGGAGGAAAGGGGAAAGGGACAGAGGGAGGAAACGAGGAAAGGGAGGAGAGGGCAGAAAGAGCCCCAGUGCACUUACAGUUACAAUGCCAUCCUCCUCCUCCUCCACGUACUCUGACCACCUCCCACCACCAGAGGACCCCCAGGGACAGGUUGUCCUCACUGGGACCGGAGCUUUGCAGGAGGAGACGUCUCAGGCUGGAUUAGCAGAUUCCCAGAGCAGGACAGGAGCACACACACCACCGUACAACGGGCAGACUCAGUCCUCCCCCCAUUCCUCAGGGGAAGACAUGGAGAUCUCUGAUGAAGAAGAGGAGGAGACGACCAUCACCACCGUGACCAGCCACCAGCCCUCCGUCACCUCAGGUUCCUCGCCCUCGUCGUCCCAGGCGGCCUUGCCUUCACAAUCCGCGGACCCCUCGUCGUCACCCCCACCCAUCUCUGACUCUGCACAGCACUUUGGCACCUCCAUGCACCCUCCCAUCCCCUCUUACCCUCCUCAUCUGCCUCCUCCCCCUCCACCUGCUUACUCCCUCCAGCCCCCGCCUCCCCCUGGCAUCCCUCCCCUCCCCCACAUGGAGCUGCACCCUGAAUACCCCCCUCCUAUGCCACACCACAUGUACGACUACGCCACCUCCAUGGAGCUGAUGAACCAGUACAGCGGCGGCGCUCCCAUGUCCUUCCAAAUGCAAACCCACAUGCUCAGCCGCCUCCACCAGCUGCGCAUGUCGUCCUCCAGCGGCACCCCCGGCCCAGGAGAGGCCGCCACCGCCGACUACAACUCAUAUCACCUGCACUCUAUGCCCCCGCCCCACACACAUCAUCCCUACAUGGACCAAGAAGGCAGUGGGGCGGGCACUCAUUAUGACCAGGACCACCGCUACAUGCCCCCCCACAUGCCCUACCCUUACCCCGACCCCCACAGCACUCAGAUCCCGCCCCCUCCACACCACGGCAUCCCGCCACCCCACUCCGCGUGGCCGCCACACGUCGUACCCCCGCAUUACCCCUCCUACAUGCCCCCGCCGGGCUACGGCACCAUCCUGCCAGGGGAGGGGGACGAGUACAGGGCUCCAGGGGAAGAGAUGCCCAUUUUGGCUGAAAAUCCACACGAGGCGACGGUGCAAAUGGUUCUGGCCACUCUGAUCCAGGAAAUGAAGAACAUCAUGCAGAGGGAUCUGAACCGCAAGAUGGUGGAGAACGUCGCUUUCGCCACCUUCGACGAGUGGUGGGACAGGAAAGAGACCAAGGCCAAGCCUUUCCAGACGAUGGUUCGGGGAGUAUCUGCUUUACGGGAGGAUGAGAAAAAAGAGGAAAAGGUCAACCGUCCUCGGGAACCUCUCAUGUCUCUGGUGGAUUGGGCAAAGAGUGGUGGGAUGGAGGGGUUUGCCCUCCGUGGAGCGCUGCGACUGCCUUCCUUCAAGGUAAAACGGAAAGAACCUCAGGAGCUGGAAGAAGAGGACAUGAAGAGGCCUCGACCAUCAACUCCACCAGACGAGGAUGAUGAAGCCGCUGAUGGGAGAAGGCCAGAAGCAGACAGACAUGGAGCUGAAAGGGACAACAAGAGGAGGAAAAAGAAGCCACGGAAUCGCAAACCCUGGGAGCUGGACAGCGAGGGAGAAGAAACAUCUGACGGCUCCUCAUCUGAAAAGGACGACGAAGAAGAAAGUGAAAAGGAAUCUGACGACGAUGCCAUCAGCGCCGACAGCGAUGAUGAGAGCCUCUCCUCAUCUUCUGAGGGCUCUUCUUCUUCAGGUUCCUCCUCUUCAUCUUCAUCUGAGGAUGAGGAUGAAGAGGAAGGAGAGCGGGUUGAGAGCGAGGGUCCGGACACGAUGGACGAAUCGACCAUCGACAGCACCACCGAGAAAGACAGUGAUAGGGACAACAUCACUUCAAAGGCAGAGGUUCAAACAGGUGAAGCCAAGGACGGCAAGACAGAGCCGACAGCAGCACCUACGAAGCGCCCUCCGUCUCCCCCGUACCCACGACCUUCGUCACCUAUUGUUCUUGUGCCUCCACUUAAGAAACGCAGGAAGACUGUGUCAUUCUCCACAGACGAGGCUGAGAGUAAAACACAGUUGAACGCUCCAUCGUCUCCGCCAGCCUCACACGAGUCCCUCCUCCUGUCCCCCGUCAGACCUCCAGAGUCUCCCACCACUGCGACCCCGACCUCAGCCCGUCCCACUCAGGGCAUCCAGCUGCUCCCCUUCGCCUCCAAACCAGGUGAGGGCAACGCUCUCAUUGUCCCACCCCCCGGACACACCCCAGACUCAGAUGAGUCCAAAAGGGGACUCCCUGUGUCUCCACAGACUACACCAACCAAACUGUCUGGCAAACGGGGUUCAGGCAAAGACUCAAAACCCCCGACACCUCCUGUUAUGGUGUGUCGCACUGUGCAGAACCUGCCACUGGACCAUGCCUCCAUGUGCAGGAUGGCCUUCGAGGAGGCACCUGCACCACUUCCUGUCAACAAACGGUCCAGAGGAAGACCUCGCACGACAAGCCUGUCUGCUUCUUCUAUUCACUCGCUCAGAGAGGAGGAUGAGGAUGAGGAGGAGAACGAGCAUCGGUUAAGACUCCGAGAGCAGCUGGGGGCGUCCAGCCUCCUGCAGCUGGCCUCGGCUCAGACCGCCGACCUGUCUGUACUGGCCGACAUCGCUCUGAAAAUGGACCCUGAAGCAGGGGACUCAGAGGAGACGGAAACAUCUGACGAAGCAGAGGAACAGAAGAUGGAGGAGGACAUGUUCUCCCCAGAGUCUCUGGCUCUGGUUAUGACCCCAGAGGGUGUGAUGGUGUUUAUGGAGCACAACUACUGCAAACCCCCUGUUCUGUCAGCACCGACAGGCCACAGAAGAACAUCCUCUAAACAGGACUCGUCUGUGCUGCUGCCAGCAGACCUCAAUACUAUUUCAGGGGUUCUUGAAGCACCAGAGGAGGUCAUCGGAGAAGCGUUACCAUCCAGAGGAGAUACAGGAGCAUAUGGAAUGGGAGUGCAGUCUGAGUUUGAGGAUGUAGGCCAGGCCGCAGUUUUACCUCCGUCGUCAAAGAAGAAGAACGUGGUUGGCAAGAGUUUAGAACUGGAGAAGGACAAGAGCAAAAAGAGAAGAAAAGACAAAGAAAAUGUGGAGGUUCAGCACACAAAAAAACACAAGGAGCCACCUGGAAAAAAACAGAGGAAGCGAAAACUAGAGGACUCCGAUUUGGAGGAAGACGUGGACGUGGAGGAGCUGGAGUCUGGGGAGCUGACCAGUUCAGACACAGAAGACGAGGUGGUUGAAGAGGUCCGGAAGAGUGAGCGCCUCUUUCUCCAGGAGGCGGGGGUAACGUCCCACCGCUGGCCCAAACCCAUCCCGGCGCCCGAGCCACUGGCCGUGAAGUUCGAGAACCGCAGUGAGUUUGAACAGAUGACCAUCCUGUACGACAUCUGGAACUCUGGCCUGGAUGGAGAAGACCUGAUGCUGCUGAAGAAGACGUACGAGAAGCUGUUACAGGACGACCACGGCUCCGACUGGCUCAACGACACUCACUGGGUCAACCACACGAUCACCAACUUGCCGAACCCCCGUCGUAAGAAGAAGAGCGUGGACGGGCAGCUUCGCGAACACGUAACAGGUUGUGCCAGAAGUGAGGGUUACUACGCAAUCAGCCGCAAGGAGAAGGACGUGUACCUGGACCUGGACCUACCUGAGCAGGUCAUACGGGAGGUGGAGAACGUGGACAGUUCGGGAACCAACCGACUGUUAUCGGAGCGGCGUUCAGAGCAGCGGCGCCUCCUCACUGUGAUCGGCACGCCGGCUGUUAUGGACUCUGACCUACUCAAACUCAACCAACUUAAGUUCCGCAAAAAGAAGCUUCGUUUCGGACGCAGCAGGAUCCAUGAAUGGGGUCUGUUCGCCAUGGAGCCCAUCGCUGCUGAUGAGAUGGUCAUCGAGUACGUGGGCCAAAACAUCAGACAGAUGGUGGCUGACAAUCGGGAGAAGCGGUACGCACAGCAGGGCAUCGGGAGCAGCUACUUGUUCAGAGUGGACCACGACACAAUUAUCGACGCCACCAAGUGUGGAAACCUGGCACGAUUCAUCAACCACUGCUGCACUCCAAACUGCUACGCCAAGGUCAUCACCAUCGAGUCCCAGAAAAAGAUCGUGAUCUACUCGAAGCAGGCCAUCGCUGUCAACGAGGAGAUCACCUACGACUACAAGUUCCCCCUGGAGGACAACAAGAUCCCCUGUCUGUGUGGGACGGAGAACUGCCGCGGGACACUCAACUAGCCGAGGCUUUCCCGUCCCUCACCAGACACCCCCCCCCCCCCCGACACCUCACCUCACUGGCCCCUCCCCCUUUUCCCCACCUCCGGACGGCCUCCCAGCUGUCCACACAAAACCCAGGAAACAGAGACGCACACACUUGCACUUUUCGCUCACACUUUUAAUUCACUUCACAUUUUCACACGCCGGUUACAGAAACUCGGCAUGUGAAUUUUUACGAGUGGGGGGUGGGUGGGUUCCGUGCAUCGCAUGCGCCCCCCCUCCUGUGGCAGUAUUUAAUUGGCUAAUACUUACAUACAUGCAGCCGGGCUCCAAAGGCCAACGUCUGUUUGAAGGAAGACGACGACGACUGAAGAGAACAUGGAUGUUUCAAGUCCGGGGCCUGGAACGCUGUCCCACUCCCACUGAUCCGCACUCAGACGCACAGGAAUAUCCGACGAAUUCAGGGUUUUUAAAAGCGCCUGUAACGGGUGCACUUUUAAAAUGACAAACUUCAAUAAAUUUGGUCUUCAUUUAUGCAAGAUUGGAAGUGUGAAGGUAGUUUUGGAGCUUUUUUUUUUUUUUUUUUUUUUUUUUUUUUAAAUUUUCAUUUCAUAGUAUUAUAUAAUAAUAUUACUAUUGCUGUUAUGAAUUGUGUUCUUUAGUUGGAUUCGCUGUGAGUAUCUUACAGUGAAAUGACCUUCAGUGUAUCCACCCGCUGUCCUCUGUCACCUGUGAUCCACCUCUGAUCUGCCUUAUCCUUCUGUUCCACUCGUUUCAAGUUGUUUUUAAAACCACCCCGACGGUAUUCAGUUUGUUAAGUUGUAGCUCAAAGUGUGUUUUAGUUGUUUUUUUGUUUUUUUUUUCUUUUGUCUGCGCUAACAGCAGAACGGAAACGCCACUUUUUCAGGCUUUGAAUCUGUAGAUCAGUUUUCUCAGAACUCGUGUUUAGUUGUUUGCUCAGCUUUAAAUGGUUCCGUUCCAAAUAUCAGAUUCCUGCAGUCCAGGCAGAAUUUCCUCCAAACCCCUGCAGGUUCCGCUAAAAUGUGUGGUCAGUGUUCAUCUUAGUCACCCCCGUGUGCUACAGAUGCUUUUAAAAAGGCACGUUUAUUUGAGUAGCUCAGACCUAUUUACAGGUUUAGUUUAGUUUGGCCUGUUCGUGGGCCGUUUUCAUCCCUCCCUCCAACUUUACGAGCUUAAAGCUAACAUAUGUCCUGCGUAGACUUUAGCGGCGUAGCUGGGUGGAAGGUAGAAGCUGUGUUUGUCUGGGAGAAGGAUUGUUGUGUCUCUGUUUCAUAUGGCUCUGGCCGUCCAAAGUUCAAUUUUAAUUUAGUUCUUUUAAGUAGAUCCUUGUUUUAUUCCCUCUCGAACAGGAAAGCUGUGUAAGAUAUUUCUUGUUGCAACGGAAGCCUUUCAGUACAAACCAACCCUCUUUACUACAGGACGAAAACGUGAAAGGAAGAAGAAAAAAAAAAAAGAGAAAAAAAAAAACAAAGAAGUACAUGUAAAUAUUGUAGAGG